GCAUCGAUUCUUCAUCUGUACCUUCCAAUCUGAGCUGUCUAUCGUGACACAUUUUGCACCAUGUUGAAGACCAAGGGACACCUACCUGGAACGAGGCUGUGGGGACAGUUGAAGCUCUUAUCUUAUCGAUAACUUACCGGGACAGUUCAGGUUCCAACUCCGGGUUUCUUGUUCCCAGUUCCACAACUGAAAGCAGCAACGUUGCGACAGUGAAGACCGGGUUGCAAUAACAAAGGCGACUUUGUACACUACCAUUGCUCGACACACAUCAUACGAUUACACCGUCUCUCUGGACAAACGGCACACUGACGACGACACAAGUCUGAUGAUUAGAUAAAUAGUCCUCAUUAAGCGCUCGAAAUUGCCGCCCUAGUCUAAGUACAUAGUAGACUAGUACCCUCACGCACCUAGCUCGCCUCGGCCAUCCUCCCCCCCCCCCCCUCCCCCUCUGGUCCCAACAACGGCAGUUCGUCCCCGACCCGCAAACAGCGAGACACCAACUCCAUUGAACAACACAACGAACCCACCCAGCGAUAAGGGUACCUCAACCGACGAUCCAUCACUCCACGCUCGCUCUUCUGCGCCGCUUCUCUUUGUCCCCAAACAUCACCUUUGUCGUCGGGCAAAAGGUCGUCCGCAUCUACACGAACGAACGAAACGAUACUCGGUGGCACAACCGCGAUCCUACGCUCUCAAUUACGCCGACAAUGUCACCUUCAAAUGCCCCUGGCACCGGCGCUCCACCCCCGUUCUCCUCGACCCCAGACUCCACUUCGGCGACUACGACGGCAAUAAGCAACUUGAUGCCUCCUCCCCCGCCUCUGCUCCUCAGCAAGCGCGUCACCGCUUUCCUCCACGCAAACCUCUCGCCAUAUAUCCGAACGGCGGCGCUGACCACUCCCGCCGGGAAGCUGCUCGCCCACGCUAGUAACGGGCUGAGUGCCAGUGCACUGAGGCGACAAUGUGCCGUGGCCGCUUCGCUUUGGGGGCUCCAUCACCCAUCAGGCUCUGGAUAUGGUGGUGGUGGAGACGCGCAUGGGGCGGGGGACCACCAUGUGAUUGGGAGUCCAACAGGGAGCACAGCGAGUCAGAGCACGGUUGGGACUACGAGGGGGGGCGCCGCAGGAGGAGGCGGGCUAAGAGCGCGGCCAGUGCCUGGACAGGCGGUCACGGUGCAAAUGGACAACGGGCUGGUGUUUGUGAUCAGGAGGCUGAGGUGCGGCAUGCUGUUUAUAUGCAUGGGCGGUGAAGAGGGACACGGCAAUGGGAAACAGGCGGGGGAGACGGAAGCGAAUGGGGAGGGGCUGCCCACACCACAUCUCGACCCCGGUCACCAACAUCAUCUCCCCUUGCGCGCGGGACCACAUCGGACACCCACAUCAUCGUCAGCGACAUCGGCGAGGUCAAAGAGGGAAGCAGACCUCUCCGGGGAAAACACGCCUCUCAGCACAUCUACCAACACGGGGCCUUCUGCAUCGACCAGCCAAAGCAGCAACACCAACGCAGCGAACAGCGCCACGGGGGCAGCCCGGGGCCCAUCGGCAUCGAGUGUCAGGGCGAUGAGGAGGCAGGUGGAGGAAUUGGCGCGUUGGCUGGAUGAGCGGUUAGGCACGCUCUAUGUUCCGGAGGAAGGUAUCGGUCUUGGAUUCGGAGGGGCUCCUGGAGUGGAGCUGCGCUAGAAACAGCACAAAUGACUUGAUAAGUAACGACUUGGCAAUGAGGCGCACAUUCGAAUACCAUGGUUUUUGCAGUUACAUAAUAUCUUAAUAGAAAUGUAUCAAAACACUGAGAGGCACAGGGACAUAGCAAACGACAAGGGCACACUCGGAAACGGUAGAACUGGUACGGGCAGUCUGAGCAACCCAACACCAGACUGGUUGAAGAAAGGGGAGAGAGAAUGGAGUUCAAACAACAACCCCAAAAUGGGACAAGCCGAAGGAGACGCACAGCGAUAUUUGGGGAUUUGUUGGUUUUCAUAGAGUGGCAUCGAUUGCAUCAUAUAUACCCAGC